AGAGAAUAAAUAUAUAAACAAAAAGAUACAAAAGAAUCUUUUGUGUUUUAAUAAAAAAGCACCUGGUAGUUAGAAAAAACUAAAGGUAGCUUAAAAAUUUUUUUAAAUCGAAAAAUUCGUAAGGCGUGCUUGAGGCCAUAAACAUCAGCAUAAAGUGCGUGAAUAUAAUAAAAAGAAAAAUUAUAUAUUUUAAACGCGACGGGUAUUAAGUGCCAAAUAAAAAAAAAAAAAAAAAAGUGAAAAAGAACAAGGCAAGGAGCCUGUGUGAAAAUAAAGUAAAUCGAACAAAAAAGAGUUCGUAAAGUUCAAGUGACAGAAAAGUCAGACUGGACAAUUAGUGAAAAAAAAAACAUUUUUUUGAAUAACAAGGCAAGGAGCCUGUUAAAGUGAACCAAAAAUAAGUUCAACAAAAAAGUGAAAAAAUAAAAAAUAUAUAUAUAUAUAUAUGUCGGGGAUGGGGGGUCAAUGUUAUCGGCCAUGGUAGUUUCCUUUUCUUUUCUAAGCGCAGGUAAUCUCCGACAUAUAUAAAUAAAUAUAUAUAUAUAUAUAUAUAUAAAAUCAUCUUUAAAAGCCGACACCUAUACCAGGAGGAAGGAAGACCGCACGGCAGCAAAUAAGUCUCUACAAGAACAACUACAGCCGCAGCGACGAUACAGGCGGCAUCAGGAAAUCUCUACAACAACAACUACGGCGGCAUCAACAGCAGCAGCAGCGUCAUCGUCAUCGUCAAAAAAUCCAGAUAAGCUAACCUACCUAUAUAAAUAUAUUUAACAAAAAUACUUAUACCUAAGUUUUAAAAAUAUUUAUACAAAAAUGAUGUCCGACAAAACUUUAGAAUUGCUAAAAGCGCAGUCCGGAAUAAUUUUGGAAAUUAGGCAGGUAGAAGCUAGAAUAGGGUUAACCAAACAAGACAGAGUAAGGUUAGAAGAGCUUCAGAAACUCUUCAUAGCAAAUCAUACAUUGCUAUUAAAGAUCGGCGUUGUCGAUCAUGAGUACUUUAACUCGAAACAAUAUGACGUAAUAAUGAUGGUCCUGGCUCAAAUCAAAUUAAGAGUUGAUAAAGAGUCUUUAAAGGAUAAGCCAGAGGGACAGAUUGUACCCACAGCCCCAGUUUCCAAGUCGAAAAACGCGGAAACAAAUAUUGAGUUGCCAGGGACUUCAAACGCUUCCGGAAUAGCACAGACUUUCCGAAUUCAGGUAGGCAAAUUAAGAAAAUAUUUGGAUGAGACGACGUCUCUCAUCGACAGCAGUCAGGAUUUGCUGACAAUAAGAAAGAACAAAAUUGAGUUUUUGUUCAGAAGAGUACAAAAUUUAAUAGAACAGGUAAACGCUUGUUUCGAAAGUUCUGUAUUCGAGGAGGAGAUUAGCGAUAUCGAAUUUGAUACGCAAAACAUAUUAGCUGCGAUAAACAAUAGACUCAGCAGAGUUAAUACGCAGGCUGAUGUGUCAAUGGUGGUAAAGGCGGAGGAAUUACCAACCCUGCCUAAAAUUCAGAUUCCCACAUUUUUUGGUGAUUCCAAAGAAUGGGAUCUGUUUUAUGAGCUGUUUACAGAGCUCAUCCACACAAGAGAGGAUUUAAGCCCCUCUCUAAAAUUUAAUUAUCUCAAGUCGGCAUUAAAAGGAGAAGCCAGGAAUGUGGUUACUCACUUAUUGCUAGGCGCAGGAGAAAAUUACGAAGCCACUUGGGAAUUUUUGACCAAGCGGUAUGAGAAUAAAAGAAAAAUAUUCUCAGAGCACAUGAAUAGGCUUAUGGAUAUGCCAAAUUUAAAUUUGGAUUCAGAUAAGCAAAUUAAAAAGUUUAUUGACACUAUAAAUGAGUCAAUAUAUAUUAUAAAAUUAAAGGCACACUUAUCCGAAGAAGUCGAUGCCGUUUUUCCGCACAUAAUUCUGCGAAAAUUUAAUAAAGAAUAUUUAAAUUUGUAUGAAAGUCAUGUCAAAAAGACAAAAGACAUUCAGGCACUUUCUGAUGUGAUGGAAUUUUUAGAACAAAGACUAAAUUCUAUAUCAUCAUUUUCACAGGGAGAUAAACCUGUAAAGAAAGUGGUCAUGACAAUGCCCAAUAAUUAUAUCGAAAAUUGUGCGUGUUGUAAAUUACCAGGGCACUAUUUGGUUCAGUGCUAUAAAUUUAAAAGCAUGAACCCAGCAGAAAGAACUGACUGGGCGAAAAAAAAUCAUAUUUGCACAAGAUGUCUGAGGCAUCAAAGUUUUAAAAGAUGCACAAGUGAGCAACUGUGUGCUACUUGUAACAAGCCUCACCAUACGUUACUUCAUUUUAAUUUUCCAGAAAAAGUGAACACGUGUAGAACAACGGAGCAAGCGUUGUUAGCUACAGCCCUGAUUGAAGUAAAAUCAGGCAAUGGUGGCUUCAAAAAAUUAAGAGCUUUGAUAGACAGUGGGUCUCAAAGUACUAUAAUUUCAGAGGAGGCUUCACAAAUUCUCAAAUUACCGAGAAUUAAAAAAUACACAGAAAUAAGUGGAGUUUCCACAAGUAAAACAUGCAUUUCAAGGCAUAGAGUAAAGUUGCAAAUCAAAACCCAAAAAAGGGAUAAAAAUAAUUUGACGGUGGAUGCGAUCAUCCUACCAAAAUUAAUGAAGGCACUACCAGGUCAAAUGAUUAACGUUGACACGGCUAAAUGGGAUAAAUACCGGCUUGCUGAUCCCGAAUUCAACAAGCCAGGUAGGGUAGACCUAAUAAUAGGAGCAGAUCUAUAUGCACACAUCUUUAAAAAUGGAAUAAAGAAAAUAGACGGACUUCUAGGUCAAAAUACCGCAUUUGGAUGGAUAGUGUCGGGCUGCACAAAAUCUAAAGGCAAUAAUAACACAAUAGUUGCAACCAUGAUUGAGUGCCAAGAUACGGAAAGAUUUUGGGAAUUAGAAGAAGAGAGUAAAGAUGAAAAACAGCAGGAACAGCAGUUUAUGACCGAAAAAUUAUGCUUACGAGCCGACAAGGAAAUAGAGCAGAAAAAUAAGAUUCUAAGGCUGAAUCCAUUAUUAGACAAAGAUGGUAUUCUUAGGGUCGGUGGUAGGCUACAAAAUAGCAAUUUGCGAUUUGAUGUCCAGCACCCGAUCAUAUUAGAUAAGUGCCACAUUACAAAAUUAAUAAUUGAAAAGGCACAUAAGGAGACUUUGCAUGGUGGCAUUAAUUUAAUGAGAAACCAAAUCCAAAGGAAGUAUUGGAUAUUUAGGUUAAGGGAUUCUCUAAAGAAAGUAUUGAGAGAGUGUGUCACCUGUGCACGAUAUCGGCAAUGUACAGGCAAACAAAUAAUGGGUAAUUUGCCGAAGUGCAGAGUAAAUGUAGCAUACCCUUUUCUAACUACGGGUAUAGACUAUGCAGGACCAUACCACAUAAAAUGCUCAAAAAAUCGGGGUCAAAAAACUUUUAAAGGCUAUAUCUCAAUGUUUGUAUGUAUGGCUACGAAGGCAAUUCAUUUGGAAGUUGUCAGUGAUUUAACUUCUGAUGCAUUCCUAGCAGCAUUACAAAGAUUUAUAGCAAGAAGGGGAAAAUGUACCAAUAUAUAUUCGGAUAAUGGUACUAAUUUUGUAGGAGCUGCACGGAAGUUAGACGAAGAGUUAGUAAAAGCUAUACAAUAUAACUCCAGAGUAGCUGCAGAAAAGGAAACUGAAAAAAUUCAGUGGCAUUUUAUCCCGCCGGCAGGACCUCACUUUGGAGGUAUUUGGGAAGCGGGUGUUAAGUCCGUAAAAUAUCAUUUAAAAAGAGUGAUAGGAGAUAGUAUAUUGACAUACGAAGAAAUGUCAACCCUUUUAUGCCAAAUCGAAGCAGUACUGAAUUCUAGGCCGCUAUAUACAACGGGAGAAGACGUGGAUGAUAAUGAAGUGCUAACGCCAGGGCAUUUCUUAAUAGUUCGACCAACGUUGGAUAUAGUGGAGGCAGUUGAAGAAAAUGAAAAAAUUUCGAGCCUAGAUAGGUGGAGGUUAAUUCAAAAAAUAAAAGGAGAUUUUUGGGUCAAAUGGAAAGAGGAUUAUUUAUAUACCUUACAGCAAAGAUAUAAGUGGAAAAAAGGUAGUCAAAAUAUAGAAAAAGGGCAAAUAGUGCUUUUAAAAGAUGAAAACUGUCACCCAGCCAGAUGGCCAAUGGCAAAAGUAGAAGAAAUUCAUAAAGGCAGGGACGAUAAAGUUAGGGUUGUCAAAGUAAAAACCUCAGAAGCAUCAUUGACGAGGCCGAUUACCAAGAUUUGUCCUUUAGUUGGUGUACAACAAGCUGAGGAUGCAACCACAACUCCGACCGUAAGCCAUAAAAAAAGAGUUUCCCCUAGGUUAUCUAAACUAGGAAGUAUAGUGAUACUGACUUUGAUUGCUUUAGUUUGUCAGGUAUCCAGUGCUUCAGCUAUGAAACCCAAAAAAAAUGUGUUUGAGGUACAAAAGAUAAAUAGUACUGCGGCAAUAUAUUUAGAUCCACUAGGAGAUGUGGAAAUUGUAAGUACAUCUUGGAAUUUAGUGAUCUAUUAUAACAUGGAUGCAUAUUUCAAGAUGAUUUCAAAAGGAAAAGCGCUGAUAGGGGAAAUGAGAAAAGUUUGUGACAAGCUUCAUAGCUUUGAAGACCAAUGCCAUCUAGUUUUAAAUAAUAUGCAAAAUCAGUUAUUAGAACUAGAAGAGAAUAAUAAAUUAUUCAUGAUGCAACCAAGAUCCAGAACCAGGCGUGCUCCUUUCGAGUUUAUGGGUUCAUUGUAUCAUAUUUUAUUUGGUAUAAUGGAUGAGGAUGACAGGGAACAAUUGGAAGAAAAUAUGAAAAACUUAUUAGACAAUCAAAGGAACAUUGAUCAAUUAGUUCAAAAGCAAACUUCAGUUGUUGAUUCAACUACUAAUUUAUUAAAAAGAACAACCGAGGAUGUUAACGCCAAUUUUAGGAGUAUGCAAGUAAGGAUUGAGAACAUGACAGAAGUUCUUAAGGAGAAUUACUAUGUGUACAAAGAAUCGAUAAAAUUCUUUAUGGUAACCAAACAGCUUCAAUCAUUGAUUGAAGAAGGUGAGAAAGUCCAAUCCGGGAUUAUAAACCUUUUAAUAGAUAUUAAUCACGGAAGGCUGAAUACAAACAUCCUUAGGCCAAAUCAGCUUAAAAGUGAGAUUGCUAAAAUUCAGGAAAAUCUGUCGGAAAAUCUAAUAAUUCCAGGGAAGAGGUCAGGUACGGAACUUAAGGAGGUAUAUACUUUAUUGACAGCAAGGGGAUUAUUUAUAGAGAAUAAAUUAAUCAUCAGUGCAAAGGUGCCUUUGUUUAGUAGGCAUCCGUCUAAGUUAUUCAGGCUAAUUCCGUUGCCUAUUAGGAAUGUCGAACAAAUGAUAAUGGUACAACUAACUUCCGAAUAUUUGAUUUAUAAUUUUGAAAUCGAUUCGUAUCAUUUAAUGAAUGAAGCAACCUUAAAUCAAUGUCAAAAAUGGCAACAAGGUAAAAGGAUAUGCAAGGGAAGUUGGCCCUGGAACUCCGCGAAUGACAACGCAUGUGAGGUUCAACCAUUAAAACCAAAUAGAGCUUCGAAUUGCGUAUAUAAGACAAUAAUUGGUUCUACAAGUUACUGGGUAGAAUUAGAAAAGAAAAGUAGUUGGCUGUUUAAGGUUCCGCUUAAUACCAAAAUAAGGGUGCAGUGUACUGGCUCUCAAAUGGAGUUGUGUGAGCUGCCUGAGCAAGGGAUCUUCAGUAUUGCGUCAUAUUGUACUGCAAGAACGGAUGACAAGAUUUUAAUAGCACAUCAUAAUAUUCAAUCAGAAAGUGAACAGAUUCUGUCAACACCAUACAUAGGAGAAGUUAGUGAAGUUCCUAAAAUUAUGUGGGAUCCGUUAAAAAUAACCCCAUUAAAUCAUACGAUUGAAAUUGAUAAAUUAAAAAAAGAAAUUAAAGAUCUUAAAGAAAAUCAUCCACAAUUGAAGGAUUUGCAUUUCCAUCAUAUUUCCGGACACGCUGGGCUUAUAUUUUCAUUGAUAAUUAUAGCAGUUUUAAUAAUAUAUUUUGUAAAAAAAUGUUUGAUUAGGCAAAGAUUAGAAGCCAUCACAUUCGCCGGCCCGUUGCCAGGAAUUUAAUGUCAAAUAAUUGAGAAAAAGAUAUAUAUAAAUAUGUUAAAAAUUAUACAAAUUUACAGUCCACUAAAUAAUUGUUUGCACAAAUGUCCAAAAUAAAAUAAAAUAUAUUGGUAACUAAAUGUCAAGCUUGCCGGGCCUUUGGCAGAAUGUUCAUAAGAACACGAUUAUUUUUAUUAUUAAGAAAGACAAAAUAAAACGAAUGUUAAUUUAA